AUGAUUCCGACAGAUUAAGAAAGGUAGAAUAUGUUUCCUUAAAAUUACUUGAUUAACUAUUCUUCUCUUGAUCGAGACUAGGAUAAAAUUAUUUAAUAAGGGAGCUUUGUCCAGUGGCAAGCAUAAGAGGACGAUGAUACUGAAAGUCCUCAUUUUUUUGGUGGGAAAAUAGCUGGAUACAGUAAUUUUAACGAUAGUUCAUUCGAGUUUUAGCAAGAAGAAGCAAACUAAAAUAAACUUAUAAAACCUAUUUAAGUUAAAGAUGGAAGGUAGUAUACUGAAAACUAUAACUUUAAAAGUGAAUCAGCUGAGAGGCUUUAAAAUUAUGCUUAAACAAACACUUUAAAGAAACUUGGAAACCUUCUUGAUAGUAUUGAAAAUAUGAAUAACAGUAUGAAUACUUCCAAAAGAGGUAGUAAACUAUUAAGUAGAGUCACAAAUAGGAGUGCUAAGUCUUAGGAAAAAGACCUUCAACUGAAGAGAGAGAGAUCAAGUUAUUGCGAAACAAAAAAUUCUUUUUGCUAAUCCGAAACUAUUAAAGUUUAAGAUGUGAUAAAUUCUUAAAAAGAUGAUAAUUCGUUUAUUAAUUUCAAUCAUAAGUAAAAAAAAGAUAAUUAAAAUUCACUAAUAAUCUCUAACAUAUUGUAACCUAGUAAUGAAAAUAAUCCUACUUAAAUCCAAACAGGAAAAGUUAAUAAGCUUCUUAAAUUACUGAGAAAUGAGAAAUUUAACAAAAGCAAUGGAAAAUAAAAUAUUGAAAAUAAAAUGAGUGACUUAUAACUAGGAAAUUCUGAGCUCAACUCAAAGAAAAACCAUUCGUAGAAAUACUUAAAUAAAACCUCUUUGAAGCAUAUUGAAUACCCUAUACACUUAAAUUCUGUUAAUGAAUAAGUUAAUUAAAAUACUUUAAAUAACUCAUAGUAAAAACUGUAAGAGUCAAUGAUAAGCAACGGAAGUCAAGUUAACAAUUAAACAUUUCAAACUAGAUACCAGCUCUACAGGAAUGAAAUUAUGGAGAAAAACCAAAUGAAAAAUAAUAUUCUUUCAAGCAAAACAGCAUUUAACAUAUGUGAGCAAUAUCUAAAGAAAAGGCAGAGCUUACUAUAAUAAAAGAUGCCUUCGGUUUCAUAAUGCAACAACUCAAGUGCAAAUAAUAAUACUUAGCAUGUCAGGAAUAGAACUAAUAGCUAUUUUGAAGAAAAAAUUUACAAUUUUAUAUAAAAUUAUUAGAAAAAAAACAAUAAUAGAUAUUUCGAAAUAAUGUCAUUUUUAUUUGAUAAAUACACUUCAGAAACGAACUACAAUUAAAAGCUUAAGCACAAGCAGAGCUUAAUGUAAUAUUACAAUAUUCUUAAGUAGUAGAGAGAUUUUGUUCCAUAAAUAACCAAUAAGUUAACUCCUGGAGAAAGAGAACUUUCAAAUCAAAAUCAAAUGAAUGAGCAUUUACAAAAAAUACUUUAAUAAGAAAAGUUGAAAGUUGAUCUAAUUAAAAAAGUGCAAAGCUAACAAAUUGUUAAAUUAAACAUUUCAAACUAGCUUCCAUCAUUAACUUACCACAUAAAAAGCAAUCUGAACAAUAGUGCAAUUGUUGCUAAACCUAAAAAAAAGAUUUUAAUUGCUUCACAAUCUUCACCAGAAAAAAAGUUUAGAAGCAUAAGCCAGUAUUUACAAUCAAGCGAGAGUGAAUAAACAUUUGAUACAAAUCUUGCUUUAGAUGCCUCUUAACAUCAUUAUUUUCCUAAAAAUAUCUUGUCUAAAAUACCUUCUAAGAAUAAUUUUGAACUAAUUUAUAAAACACCAAAGUCAUAAUCUGUUGAAAAGCUUCAGCAGAUUCAAUAAAACAGUCAAAACCUGAUUUAAAAUUCAUAUAAAAACCAUCUUGACCAAAGAAAAAUUAUUUAAACUGUAAAACUUCCAGUCAAUUUCUUUAAAACUAAGCAAAUUAUGUCUUCAAGUGAUAUCAAAAGCUAAAAAAAUGAAUAUCCUAAAGAUUUAAUUAAGCUUUCUAGCCAUGUGUUUAAGUAAAUUUAAUCAAAAGUCCAUUAAGAUUAAUAAAAAACUUUAUAAAAUAUAUAACCUAUAAAUUAAAACUCUGCAUUUAUUUUGAAUAAUAAUAAUAAUUAUAAUUGA